AUGGCUGACGAAGAACAAAUCAUUCGCGACAGGCUUACAGUUGACGAACGUAAUCUUCGUCGUGUAACUCGAAAAAUGGGCGUGUUCCUCAAUUCGUUAGAAAUGGGUAAUCUCAAAGAAGCUCGUGUACAAUUUAAUGACUUUAUAGUUGAUUUUUCAUCCUAUGAAAUUGGUCUUAUACGGUUCCAAGUCAUUCAUGAUAUGAAUCUCCGUGAGACACAGCAUUGGGAAGAAGAAGCUUUGAAUAUUGAAAAGCAAAUCGAAGAGACUAAAAUAAUUAUUGAAAAACUGGAGGCAGAGCUUGAAGCGGAAGAAGAAAUACGUAGAAACAAGAUUGAAUAUGAUCAAUUGGCGUCAGAAAUUAACGAACUUCAAUCACGAGAAGAAUCUAUAAAUGAAAUUACAAAGUUGGACGAAGAAACUUCCUUAAUAGAAGAAAAAGAACGGUUAUUCGAUGAAACCUUGAGUCGUCGUAGGGCCCAAUUAGAACGAGUAUUAUCUGUUAUACAAGAUGUACAAUCUCAAAUACAAAUCGAACAAGAACAAAAUCGUCAUAUUCUUGGAGCAGAUGAAGAACCUGAUGCAACACCUGAAUCAAUUAGAAGCGAAUUCGCAUCACCCAUAGGUUCACCAAUUCCUGAUAUACAAAUGAACGGAACUGACGAGACUACACAUGAGAAUGUUGAUGCUGUGAAUAACAUACAGGAUCAACCACAAACUAAUGGUAAUGAUCUGAAUUCACCACGUCCUGUUAACGGAGAUUCCACGUUAGCUAUGAACGAUGAUGAAAUUCCGGUGUUGCGAGAUUAUCAAGAUCAUUCCGAUACACCAUCACGGCAAGAUGGUUCAUCAAAUGGAAGUGAAAAAAUCGCACAAGAAACCAUUCCCGAAGAUGGUGCUGUAGUCGGAGAGGCAGGUGAAGUUGAAGAAGAGGGUAGCGUCGAGGAAAUGGGUGAAGUUGUUGAAGAUGAUGAUAGUGUCGAUGAUAAUAUGGCUGAUAUAGUAGCAAGUGAUGAGGAAGAUUAUCCACAUUCUCAACAGGAACAGGAAGAUGAAUGUGACGAUAUUCCAAUACUAGACGAUGGUGAGAUUGUCGAAGAUGUGGAGGAUGUUUUCAUAGGGAAAAGGAAACGUGGUGAUGACGAAGACGAUGAUGACGACGAGGAAGGAUCAUUGCACGAGAAACACUCUCGCAUAUCACUGGAAGA